CGGCCGCCGCGCAUGCGGGGCUCACAAGGCUGCAGCCGGCUCCGUGGCCACUCCCGGGAGCAUGAAGGACCGAACCCAGGAGCUCCGCACGGCCAAGGACAGCGAUGAUGAUGAUGAUGUCACUGUCACCGUGGACCGAGAUCGCUUCAUGGAUGAGUUCUUCGAACAGGUGGAGGAAAUCCGCGGCUUCAUUGACAAGAUCUCAGAGAAUGUGGAAGAGGUGAAGCGGAAGCACAGUGCCAUCCUGGCCUCCCCGAACCCUGAUGAGAAGACAAAGGAGGAGCUGGAGGAACUCAUGUCUGACAUAAAGAAGACAGCAAACAAAGUGCGCUCCAAGUUGAAGAGCAUAGAGCAGAGCAUUGAGCAAGAGGAAGGCCUGAACCGCUCAUCUGCUGACCUGAGGAUCCGGAAGACACAGCACUCCACACUGUCCCGGAAGUUUGUGGAAGUCAUGUCUGAGUACAACGCAACACAGUCUGACUACCGGGAGCGCUGCAAGGGCCGCAUCCAGAGGCAGCUGGAGAUCACUGGCAGGACCACGACCAGUGAGGAGCUAGAGGACAUGCUGGAGAGUGGGAACCCGGCCAUCUUUGCCUCUGGGAUCAUCAUGGACUCCAGCAUCUCGAAGCAGGCCCUGAGCGAGAUUGAGACGCGGCACAGCGAGAUCAUUAAGCUGGAGAACAGUAUCCGUGAGCUGCACGACAUGUUCAUGGACAUGGCCAUGCUUGUGGAGAGCCAGGGGGAGAUGAUUGACAGGAUCGAGUAUAACGUGGAACAUGCAGUAGACUACGUGGAGAGGGCCGUGUCUGACACAAAGAAGGCAGUCAAGUACCAGAGCAAGGCACGCCGGAAGAAGAUCAUGAUCAUCAUCUGCUGUGUAGUCCUGGGCAUUGUCAUUGCCUCCAUCUUUGGAGGCAUCUUCGGAUAGAAGCUGCUCCACCUGCCACUCCACUCUGGAUGGUUCACCCCGAGAAGGUCCCCUGGCUGCUGCCACCCUCUGGCUCAGAGCCCUCUCCUUUCCACCCCAUACUGCUCCUUCUCUGCCACGGGGCCCUCCAUACCCACCCUGCCCUGAGCCGUUGUGUGCAUGAUCUUUGUAAGUGUGCGUCUGUACAGAAGAGGCAGAGGGGAGCCAGGCUGGGAAACAGCCAGCAGGGUGGGGGUGGGUCAGCAAGGGACAGACUCAGGCCCUGGCCCCCUCACCCUUCCCAGGCAAGGCUGCCCAGGGUAGCCAUGCUUCCUUUCCCCUGCCUUCAGUCAUUUCACUUUGACCUGGGGGGGUCUGUCCUCUCUGGGCAUCAAGGCUCUCUGGACCCCAGCCUUGCUUCCUACUGCCCCACCCAUCUGUCCUGCCCUCUCCAGCUGUCCCAAGCCCAGCCCCCUGAUGGGUGGGGAUCAGCUGGCCACAUGGUGCUGCUUUUCAGGUUAGGGGAGGGAUGGCCGUGAGAGACAGCUCAGCUCUAAGCCUCAACAGCUGAUCACUGCCAGGGAGGUUCAGAGUGCUGUGGCCAGGUGGUUUCUGGCAGUGUCGAGACCAGGCUCCCUCCCGUACCUAGGGGCAGAGUCCAGAAGGUCUUUGGCUGCUUCAACCUCCCUUCCCACAUCCCUCUAGCUCCCCGAGCAACCCCUUUGGGCUAUGCCUGACCCCUGGUAACAUUCUGGAAGAGGCUGGCUGGUACCCGGUCUCCAGCCACCCUUGGAGCUAAGGUAGAGGGCCAGCCAUUCUCCCCAGCAGGCCUUUGUCGGGUCAAGCCACUGUGUUGCAUGUUUGGGACAAUGUUCCCUGCUCUCGUGCUCUGGGAAGUCAGACGUCACUUCAGGCCUGUAACCACGUCCUGCCCUUGCCAUCCCCUCAUUGAUGUGCCACAUGAAAGUCAGGUGUCUUGGAUGCAGUAUUCAGCAGCCAGCCAGGGAGGGGUACCUCCCCUCCCACCAUCUCGGGGAUUCUCAAGUUAGAAACGUGCCCCCUCUUCCUUGUUGACAGGCAAGGAGUGUGCAUGCGAGUGCAUGCAGUAGGGGAUGGGGCCAUGUCCGAGCCCCACCUUCCCUCAGCUUUGCUCCUGCCCAGUGACUAUGACCACUGUCCAUGUUGCCUUCUUUAACAGCAACUUCCCUCCCCUCCUUUAUCCCUUCACCAAAGGUCUUGGUACAACCAGCUGCCCAUUUUGUGAAAUUUUUAUGUAGAAUAAACAUUUGUAUCUGUA